CCCAUUUCAUCUGUCUUACCCCAUAGUAAGCAAAGGCUCAUUCAUGGCUAUGAAGGACGAGGCAAUAACAACUAAGAAGAGUACUAGUAGUAGUGUUAAUAAAGGAGCAUGGACAACUGAAGAAGAUGAAAGAUUAGCUCAAGUUAUUGAAACUCAUGGACCAAGAAAAUGGAAAUCAAUUGCAACUAAAGCAGGACUUAAUAGAUGUGGAAAAAGUUGUAGAUUAAGAUGGAUGAAUUACUUGAGACCAAAUAUCAAAAGAGGCAAUAUCUCUGACCAAGAAGAAGAUUUAAUACUUAGACUACACAAACUCUUGGGAAACAGGUGGUCUUUGAUUGCUGGAAGAUUACCAGGUCGAACCGAUAACGAAAUCAAGAACUACUGGAAUUCACAUUUGAGCAAGAAAAUACAACAACAAGAGAAGAAGAGAAGGAGAGGUCCAAAAGCACAAGUGUGUAAUAAGGUGCAAGAAACCAAAGUAGCAGUGCAAUUGGAGAAAGAAGAUGUAAAGGUGAGUGAAGAAGCUACUUCUAGUGAAGCCGGAGAAUUGCAAACUAAUGUUACUAGCUUUAAUGCCGAUGACCAAUUUUUCGAUUUCUCUAGUGAGGGUUUAACAAAUAUGGAGUGGAUGAGCCAAUUUCUUGAUGUUAAUGAUGUCUUAUGCUGGUUUUCAUGAAAAGUGUAUUUGGAUCAAUAAAUGGUUUCUUUUUUUCUUU